CUGGCGUGAGUAGGGGUUGGGCGGGGAGAGAGUGAGAGGGGCGAGGUUGGGAACACAGACAAAGGAAAAACCGCUGCGGGGAACCGUGGAAGAUUGAGAGAAAACAAGACUUUCGGUCUGGCUCCAACGAACUGUCUAGCAGCUCACGAGAAGCGGAAAACAUGAAAACGACAACUCGAUGUUCAUGAGAACGACGGAUUUUUCGCGUAUUAUUGUCGAUAAAGGAAGUGUUGACAUGGUCGGUGCUUUGCGGCUGUUUAAAACGGAUUAACAAAAAGGACAGCAUAGUGCUACUUGAAGGUCAGUUCUUAAGAUUAACGAGGAAAAAUGAACGGGUUCCAGUCUAGCCCUCCAGAGUGUCCCGUUGGGAGCGUCUGCUCCAUCGAAGGUCUGCCCCCACUUCCAAAAGGCCUCAGCGGCAUUCUGAACUCCAGCGGCGGUUCGUGGAGGGACAUCGAGAAGGUUUACAGCAAGAAGACGCGCAUCCAAGCAGACCUCAGCAAAUCCAGAGUUAGUGAUUCUAUGGGCCGUAGCAAGCCCGCCAGCCUGGACGGAGCGCUGGCCAUGCUCCGUAAGGAGAUGGUGGGGCUAAGACAGUUGGACAUGUCCUUGCUGUGUCAGCUGUGGUCGCUGUACGAGUCCAUCCAGGAGUACAAAGGAGUGUUUCAGGACAUGUCCUCCUCGCUCAUGUCCGAGAGCUCCUUCGCCGCCGAGAACGGCUUCUCAGAGGAGGAAGAGGAGGACGAGGACGAAGUUGUGGAGGAAGAAACGCAGGGCGCCCCCGCCAUCACUCUGUCACUGCCACAGCCUGCACAGAACUCUCGGGACCAGUGGAUCAAGGAGUCCUUCCACUUAUAGAUAUACCUUUUCGUUUUUCUAUAACCUCUUCUACUCACCCAUCCCCGUAGAGACCACUGCAUUUGUUUUCCGCACAUCUCCUCAUUGCAGCGCUACUCAACUCCACGCCCUGCACUAUGCUGCCCGCAGUGUCUGCAGAAGUUUGCUUCAACCGUGUGCUACACCAGCUGAUUUAUCUCAUUUGCUUAUUUGAACCGAGCAGGUAAAAUUAUUACUGAAAUCAGGCAGUGUAGCGCACGGUAGGAGCAAAUACCUGCAGACACUGUGACUCACAGGCCCACUGCCUUAUAGACUGCUGAAUUCUUCCCACACAUCGCCUUAUGGAAUGGAACACUACAUUCCCUUAUGGGACAGGCCCUUGUAGAGCUAUGCGUUUGCGCUCAUGGAGUGCCCCAUUCCUCACCCAAGCUUUCAGGAGCCAGCAGAAAUGAAUCAAAUCUGAGUGGUGUUCCCAGCUGGUGGUAGGGUGGCCCUGAACUCAUGAUUGAGCACUUAAGCCUGCUGCCACUACUGGUCAACGAACAGCUUUUUAUACAGGUAUACUACUAUCUUUUAUACAUAUUGUUGAAGAAGUUUGGUAUAAAAAAAAAAAAUGGUUGAAUGUGGGAAGGGAAGUAUUUUCAGACUCUAAAGGCUCUUGGCUUAUUUCUCCACUACAGUUAUAACUUUAGAAGUAGUUGUAUGGCUGUAGAGUCGAAACAACACAUUUUCUUCCGGUUUGUAUUGAUACAUUUUAAAUUCCUCCAGGGGUAUCCCACUUUUUUACUUGGUCAAUUUUAUUAUGAUUGUAAAAGUAAUCUUUUCUGAUCGGUGAGGAUGGAGGGCAUGUUGAUGCUUUUAGUGUUCUUAUUCUUCAAUCAAUACUGUAUUCUAUGAAAUAUUUAACUUGUUUAUACUUUUCUGUUUUUUCUAUGCUCGGAAGAUUGAAUGUAGUAAUUGACUCAUUGAAGUUGUGUGAAUAAAAUUACUUGUAAUAUUCA